GUGUCUUGUUUUCUAAAGGGUGAAGUCAGACUUUGUGGCUCCUCCUGGGUUGCAGUUUUCAGAAAUGGACCCAAAUGGCUCUUUAAGUGUUGAAGGUUGCAGACCCCUGUCCAAAUACCUGCAGGACUCACCUGGAGACCCUCAUGCUCCAUCCACACUUCUGUACACGUCAGAACCAUGGAGAGCAGAGCUCAUCCUUGGCAUUCAAUCACCUCCAGUUUUUAAGUAAAAAAUACAUCAUUUUGGGUUUUUUUAAGACCUAAUUUGUUUAAAAGAGAUUUUUCUGUAAAACAAUAAUUCCUUCAUUUGUUUCUACGUCUCUAUUUUUAAAUUUAAAUAGUUCAUUUUUUAUCUUUAGUUUGUAGUAUCCCUGGGUUUUUUGUUUUGCAAGUGCUAUUAUUAUGUUAUUAUCAUUAUGUAUGAAAGCCUGCGCGAACGCGGUUGUAGGAGGGAGUACGGUGGCCGUGCGCGGUCAAACCUCCCGCUGCUGCUGCUGUCAUGGAGGGGGUCACGGUGGGCCAGGUAUUCGACGCGGAGUGCAUUCUGAGCAAGCGGUCCAGAAAGGGAAAGUUCGAGUAUCUGGUGAAGUGGAGAGGCUGGUCGUCCAAGCACAACAGCUGGGAGCCGGAGGAGAACAUCCUGGACCCCCGGCUUUUGGCUGCAUUUCAUAAGAGAGAACAAGAGCGAGAGCUUCUGUUCCAGAAGAAAGGGAAGCGCCCACGAGGAAGACCCCGGAAGAUUUUGCCACCCCUCACUCCAGACAAGGACAGCCGGUCUUCAUCGUGCUCUUCUUCUGGCCUCUCAUCGCCACGUUCCUCCUCUUCAUCAGAAGAUGAAGAGCACACAAAAAAGGCCAAGCCCAGCCCUGUCCCACAGAAGAGGCCUCAUAUCAUGCUGGCCAAAGCAGACCCCCCUCAUAAGAAGAAACGUGGGAGGAAGCCGCUACCUCCUGACCUGAAGGCGUUGCGGCAGGUAAAGAACCGACCUUCUCCUCCUCCUCCUCCUCCUCCUCCUCCUCCACGCCACCACCAGCCGAUCAGGCUACCCAGGGAGGACACGCGACCCGGCAUAAAGAAGCCCCUGCAGCCGGCCAGCUUUACGUACCUGAGCAGGACGUCCAGAGAAGAGGCCGCGGCCCCUUCCCUUGCUUUCUCCCAGAGUGCAGCUUCUAAGGUGGGGUCCAUCAGCAUGUGGGUGGGCCGCUCCCUGUCUGCCUCCUCUCCGUCCUCCUCCAAGACCAGCUUGUCCCAGAAAAACUCUUACCUGAAGCGCUCCUUCUCAGAGAGUGGAGGGGGGAGCCGAGCAGACGGCUUAAAAAUGUCUGCUGUCAAACCAGGUGGAACCUCGAGCUCCCCUGGGGCGCAUGGCAGCUUCAGUGGGGGCCAGGUGGGGAUUCAGAGCCCCGCCCCUGGUCAAAAGCGACCAGAAGGUCAGGCAGCGAAGACAGGAGUGGUUCAACACAAGCAGCAGAAUCCCGUGCUGUCCAAGCCUUCAUCGUCGUCUCCCUUCCUUCGGGACCGAGCCAGCCAGGCGCUGAACCUCAGAGCCCUCAACCUGCAGAGUGUCGGCAAGACCUACGCCGGGGGCGCGCACGGCAGCACCGACUUCAGGAGUGGGACUGCUAAAGGGGGCCCGCGGAGCGGCCUGUCAGCUGGCGGCGGUGCAGAACGAGGGCGGGACAGAGAGCCAGCGAUAAGGCGCGACGGCGCCCUGAGGGACAGGCGUAAUCAGCGGAGCGGCUCUCAGGAUCGCGGCCUGAAUGAGCUCAGCACCGGGGACUCUGACGAGGUCAGCAGCAGCGAGUCCGAACGUGGUGCCGCCCUGUUCCCCGACAAAAUCCGGCCCAGCCUCGGCGCCAGCGCCACCGACUCAGACACAGAAACGGACUGGCGACCCGAGCGGUGCCUCCUGGAACACGUCUCCGUCACCGACGUCACGGCCAACUUCAUCACGGUGACGGUGAAGGAGUCGCCCACCAGUGUAGGGUUCUUUAAUUCCCGGAAUCAUUGAGGGACGUCGGCCGAACUGGGCCACGCCCACAUUUUCUGGUGGUUUUGUUGUGCGGCACCAGUGACCCCACUGAAACUCUGAGUCAUGAAGGAACUAUGUGGUCGAAGCCCAGCUUUCACCCAGGGGCCACUGCCAUGUUUCAGGGGGCCGAUUUCUACAAGCCACCACACUGAAGAGGCAGGAGGCGGAGCCUUGCAGCGCUGACGGCCACGGAGGCCCGAACUCCAGGUUCUGCAAUAGAAACUCAGUCCACAGACUCACCAGUGAAAGUGGGGCUUGUGAUGGUGUGUCACUCUAAUCUGCUACUUCACAGGAAAUUCAUGACAUUUGUGUGCUAACAUUUGUUGUACUGUUUUAUACCAGGAGGGGGCAGCAUUCCUGUGACAGAGACCCAAAGUGCUAGCCCAUCUCCAGAGGUACAAGGUCAGCUUAACCCUUAGACAGCAGAGCUUUAGCUGCGGUGUUCAACUCUUUACAUAUUUAACAUCAUUCCAACAACAGAAGCUUUGCGUUGACAUGCAACACUUUACAGUAGUGGAGUGUUUAUGUGAUGUACAGUGGAUUGGGACACGAAGACGCUGUUCUCUGCAUCAGAAUCUGUUGGUUCCAUGUUAAUUGUGUAAAUAGUUGAAGAGUUCAAAGUUCACGGUUGCAACAGUUCUGGUGUUGAAGGGUUAACGGGCGCUGCAGCAGGUGUGCAGAAAGCCACCUGUGCUGUUAAUCUAAUAGGUUUUACACAGACUCAUUUAUGCAGAAACUGCCUUUUAAUACUUCUGGAAUGACAACGUACGUUUUUGCUUUAUUUGAUUUGUUUUGGGUUCUACGUCAUGGAAUCUGGAAGGUUUAUUUAAGCCCCGCCCCCUGAGUCUUUGACAGCAAAGCUUGCUUUCCCGAUAACGGGAUCAGGUGACUGAGCACACCUGGCACCAACAUCCAGAUCCAAAAGUGGAGUCAGCUGGAAAACAAGCUGUCACUGGACCAAAGCUGAAGUUGUGUGAUCAGGAAAGUUCGUGUUUGUCUUCACCGUCAGCUGUCGCUUCUUGGGACACUACAAGAUCUUUGAAUGUAUUACAGCUUCACUUUGAUUUUUGAUUUCCACAGCUUAUUGACGUCUUAGAGUGGCGAUGGCGGUGAGACAUGGUUCUAAAAACACUGUGUUGUUUUUUUAUAGGGACAAGCAUUUAUUUGACAUUUGAAAAACUGUUAACUGACUAAACUAAUGAUCCUGAACGGCCAUCUGGUGUUUGAUGAAGGAAUUAUAGUCAUUUAAAUGAGGACAGCAAUUCUGCUAUUAUGUGUUCAAACUCAGAGUCACCAGCCUUUAGUCUGGGGAGCAACAACUGAAGUAUUUCCUUCCUGCAGCUUCUUCUGGUUUCACAAACUGUGCAGGAAUCUCAGCUGACUUUGUCUCCAGCGCUUCUGGUUUUUAUGGCCUUUUCUAAAAGCGGAUCCUCUUCCAGCGUCUCUCCAUGUGGACCUCGGGUUUUAAACCUUCCUGUCUCCUGUUCCUCAGGUUCGGAUCACAUUCGUACUUGAGGCCAAACCCAGCGACUCCUGUCAGGUUUCUUUUUGAUGCUCUGGUUUUGGACCAAAGGUGUUGUGUUCAGCUCAUACCUUCAUAAAUGUUUGUAUUGUUUUGCACUAAGCUAAGGUAAGCUGGCCUUGGUUACUAUUGAUCUCUUGUACAUGCCAUGUUUGUACUGUACAUGUUUUUCAUGACAGUGUCUUCUUCAGCUUAAACAUGUUAUUUAUAUUUGUAAAUAUGUCUUUAUAUGAUGUGACUCUGAGUCCUGGUGCUCAUGUUGGCUCUGAGCUUCAGAGUCUUGUUGCUUUGUGCCUCCCUGAUGUUUGAAGGAAAAUAAAGGUUCAGAUAUGAAACAC